AUGGAAUGCAGCAUCACCAUGAACCGUAUUGCAAUCAGGCUUGCCAAAGCAGGCUUUGCCUUAUAUGGGAUUGACUAUGAAGGCCAUGGAAAAUCAGCAGGCCUUGAAGGCUAUGUCAAAAACUUCGAUGAUGUAGUGGAUGACUGUACCAAUCACUUCACAAACAUAUGUGAAAACAGAGAGAACAAAAGAAAAAAUGAGGAAUAUGGGAGAAAGCCAAUAAUGGAGGUGGGCGGUGGAGCCAAUGAGCUCAGUCAAGGCUACAGCAAAGGAGUUGGGUUGGGUGCUGAGAUUAUUGGGACCUUUGUGCUAGUUUACACUGUGUUCUCUGCUACUGACCCCAAGAGAAGUGCUAAAGCCUGUUUUGAGAACAGCAAACCCACCGAAAGAAAGAAAAAUCCAAUAAGCCCUCUGCCCCUUAUGCUUUCUAUUACUUUAUUAUUUCUCUACAGUAUUUAA